AUGUACACAAAAUUCAAUCAUAGACCUGUGCAAGAGUUUGCUUAUCAAAGAAAACCUAAGAUAAAAGUACUAACAAAAUUAGGUUUUUAAGAACUUAUGAAACUUUAAAGUAAUCCAGUGUAGUUUGAAGAACAAGAAGAUCUGACUCUACGUAAAUAUCAUUACUAUAGUUAUUUAGAUCCAUUUACAAAGAAAUAUAGAUCUUAGAUAAAUUUAUGGGAAAAAUUGAAGUAAGUAGAGAAUGAGGUGAUUGGAGAUGAGGAAACACUAGAAUCUAAUGAAUUUGAAAUGUUGAAUAAGGAACAUCCUUAUAUAUUGAGAAAUCAUGCAUAUCCACUCUAAGAUUAAUAUGAAGAACCAAUAAAAUUACCAUAAAUAUAGACUGAAAGAUAUUAAAAAAGUAAUGCGCCUAAAAUAUGGGAAUCAUCAUUAUUUACAGGAGAGAGAGUUUAGUUAAGGAGGAGGAAGUUGAAGAGAUAGGAGGCAUUUAAGUUGGCUGAUUCUUUAUCGUUGAAACAUUUUGAUGAUUUACAUUAAGCAUACUAAGGAAUUUAAUGUAAAUUGAAUAGAGCAGUUAAUUUUGAGAAUAAUUAAUUUAAAUUUAAAAAUGAGUGAUACCGAAAUAGAAUCAUUGAAUCCUUAUUAUAAAGACAUUGUUGCAUAUCUGCAUACUCAAUAAAUUCUGAUAUAUUAACAACAUGAUCUGUUGGAUGAGUUUAAAAUACUGUCCUAAUUUUAAUAUAGGUUGAAACUAAAAAUCUCAACAUUAUACUUAGCUAAAUCAAUAUACUUAAGGACUAAUAUAUUAACAUAGGAUUACUUAUUGACAAGUCUAUGGAUUGCUACUAAAUUUGAUUAAUAAUAUAGAUGCAAAUGGUAGAUGUCUACAGAAAUAGAAACACACAUUUUACAAAAGUUAAAUUUUGAAAUAACUAAACCAACUGUCAUGGAUUUUAUUGAACAAUAAAUUUAUUACAUAAAGAAAACAAAAAGAAUUUCAGCAGAAUAAGUACGAUUGAUAUAUGCUUUAUCCUUAAUGGCAUUACCUUGGACAUUGAAUUAUGAGCCUUCUCAAAUUGCAUUUGCUAUUAUUGUAUACUCUUCAUUCAUUUUAGAUAAUAUCCUUUACACUCAAAAACAUCAAAAAUCAUGAUUUCCAAUCCGAUUGUUAUGAAGAUUUUCGAUAACAACUACUCAUUAAGUAUGAUUAGAAUAUCAUCAUUUCCUAAAAAUAUCCAUCUAGUUAUCUCCUAAUUAAAAAAAAUUUACAUAGAUUAUAUUGA